UAUUCAAUAUUUUUUGGUUUAUAUCUAAAUUCAAUCCGCAAAUUUAAUCCUAAUCAACAAAAUUUAAAAGUUUAAAUAAUUCUUUUUAAUGAAAUUUUUUUCCCCCUAAAAUGUUACGUAUAUCACCAAAAGAUGUACUUACCUUCUCCGAUAAGAAUGACACUGUUCUUAACGUAGCUAAUGAAACUAACUCUGCAGUUGUAUAUAAGAUCCAAACAACAUCACCAGAUAAAUUUCGUGUUCGACCACGCUGUGGUGUUUUGCAGCCAGGAGAAUCGUUGGAUUCUAGUAUAUUAAUAAAAGCUACAUGUACACUGCAACAGGAUUUUUCAAAGGAUAAAUUUCGUGUUAUUUCAUUACAAAUCACACCGUGUGAGGCCAAAGGAGACACUGCAGCAUUAUACAAAAACCUUACAGUCGAUAACCCGAAUAUAAAAGAACAUCGUUUACGCAGCGCUCCUGCGUGCGCGGCGGAACCCACAGAAUGUAUGUUGAAUAAGCAAAAAUCCAUGGAAUCUCCUUGCAUGGGUAAUGCAAUAAAUGAUGGUAAUGAUACAGAAGGUUCUCAGGACUCAGGUGAACACCAUGGUAAAAGGAAUAAGCCACAACGCAAGACAGAAAAACUACAAUACUUCACGAUAACCUUAAUAGUAUUUCUUUCCAUGGCCUUUGCGUUUAUGUUUUGGAAACAAUCACAAUUCAAUGAUAAAAUACAAACUCAAAUUGAAGAGGCUUUGAAAAAUAGUAUGGCAAGUAAUACAGACGAACAAAAUUAAGAUUACUGCCUAUAUACAAAAUCGGGGACACUGUGAACUCUAUGUGGCGAGUACCAUAUAUUUUUUAUGUUGAUAUAAUAGUAUUUGUGUAUUAUCUCCUACAGAAAAAAUUUAAAUUACA